AUGGGGAUACAAAAAUCACCGCAAGAUGUCGAUCCUCGUCGUCCGAAUAAGGAAGAUAUUGACGAACACAAUAGAAGAGUGAAUGCUAAUUUGAAUGUGAGAAGCGCUCCGUUAGAUGGGUCUGACAAUUCAGGGAUUAAGAAACCUCCGCCGCCAGAGAAAGUUAGUGUUCGCGAUCAAACUACGUUUUCCUGGGAGAACGUUGGUCCUUGGGAAAGCAGUUCGAUCGAGGACAAGUCGAAGGCCUUGAAGGUUAUGAAGUCGAUUGAGAACUAUGUCGUAGAUCAUUUUUACGGUGAUUGGUACUGGAAUAGUUCCUUAAUGAUCGGUACAUGCUUCUUCUGCUGGUUGAUAGCCAGACUUGGAGGAGGUAUUUUGUCAUUGGGGUUCAUUUUGUUGUUCACCAAUUCUGUCUACAGAGCCGAAUUUAGGAGAUUCAAUAGAGAUGUAAGAGAUGACAUGACCAGGGUUACUGCUAGCAAUAGGUUAGAAAAUGAAUUGGAAACCAUGGAAUGGUUAAAUUCUUUUAUGGAUAAGUUUUGGGUUAUUUAUAUGCCAGCAUUAUCAGAACAAGUUAUGUUCCAAGCUAACGAAGUUUUGAAAGAUCAAGCACCAGGAUUUGGUAUUGAAGCCUUGUCAUUGGAUGAGUUCACUCUUGGUUCCAAAGCACCAAGAGUUGAUAGUAUCAAGUCUUAUACGAGAAAGGGCCAUGAUCAUAUUGAGAUGGAUUGGGCGUUUUCCUUUGCACCAAAUGAUACUGAUGAUAUGACUAAGAAUGAAAUUAAAAGAAAGAUCAACCCAAAGGUUGCCUUAGGUGUCAGGGUGGGUAAGGCUUUUAUUAGUAAAUCUUUACCAAUUUUAGUAGAAGACAUGUCGUUUAAAGGACGCAUGAAUAUUAAAUUAAAGUUGAAUCAUAACUUUCCACACGUUAAAAUGGUAUCUAUUCAGUUUUUGGAAGCACCUGCUAUUGAUUAUGUUUUGAAGCCUGUUGGUGGUGAUACCUUUGGGCUUGACAUUAUGUCUCUUAUCCCUGGUUUAGCCUCUUUUGUUAACGGAUUAAUCCAUGCCAAUUUGAGACCUAUGUUAUAUGCUCCUAAUUCUUUGGAUAUUGAUGUUGAAGAAUUGUUGGCCCAGCUGUCUUUGGGUGCAAUUGGUUGUCUUGCCAUUACUGUUAAGCGUUGUACUAACUUGAAGCCUACUGAAAAAACCAAGCAGCUUCAUCCUUAUGUACAAAUGAAAAUUGAAUGUAACGCUGAUAUCGACGAGAGAACAAAGGUUAAGAAACUGAUUUCAUCUCCGGUGUUCAUGGAAACCAAAUAUAUAUUAUUGAAUCAGUUAGAGUCAAAUUUCUUGAACUUUAAUGUUUACAAUUUGAUCGAGCAGGAACAAAAUGAUAAAUUAAUUGGUAAUGUUCAGAUUCCGUUAGCCGACUUAUUGCAAAAGGAGACGUUUAAUGAUGUUACAAAGAAUAUCAUGGAAGGUGGUAAAGUUGUUGGUAAGAUUGAGUAUGACCUUAAGUACUUCCCAAUCUUAGAACCAAUGGUUUUAGAAGAUGGUAGUAAGAAAGAGAUUACCGAGUCAGAGGUUGGUAUUAUGAAAUUGACCUUACACGAGGCUAAGGAUUUGGAUAUCACUCAGUCAGUUGUUGGUAUUUUAAAUCCAUAUGCUGAAAUUUAUGUCAAUCACGAAUUGGUUAAGAGUUGCCGUCGACUUAGACAGAAUAAUGAACCAUCAUGGGAUCAAACAAUUGAAUCAUUAAUUACUCAACAAUCUGAAACUACUGUUACCGUUCUUAUCAAAGAUUCUGUUGAAGAUGCUGUUGUUGGUCAAUUGGAAGCAAACUUACAAGACUUAGUAUUUGAAAGUGGUAGAGGUCAAGAAUGGAUUCAAUGUGCCCCUGUUAGACCUGAUGCACCUCCAACUAAGGUUAGAAUUGGUGCUACAUGGAAGGCUUUAGGUAUGACCGAUGAAAAUGUUGAUACUCAUUUCAAUGCUUCUAUCGGAGGUCUCAGAAUUCACUUGCGUUCUGCAACCGGUCUUAAGAAUUUGGAAGCUGUUGGUAAAGUUGAUCCUUAUGUUAGAGUUAUGAUGAAUGGUAAUAUCAGAGGCAAGACUCUGACCAUUGCUGAUACAUUAGAUCCCGCGUUUAACCAUGUUUGUUUUGUUCCAAUCGCCAAUGAUCAUCAACAUAUCUUAUUAGAAGUUAUGGAUGAAGAAGCAGACCAGAAUGAUAGAAGCUUAGGUACUUGCGCAGUCCAUGUUAACGAAUUUUUAAAGAAAAACGACGAAGGGUAUUAUUUGGGAUACGAUGGUUCGAACGAAAUUAUUGAACAACCUGUUUUACUCAAUGGCCAACAUCAAGGUUUCAUGUCUUAUUCGGUUUCAUUUGUUCCAACUAUUCCGGUUUACACACUCUCUCAAAUGAAUAACAAAGAUAAAUACUUAGAACACUUGAAGAAGAAGGAAGCUGACGAAGCUGAACAAAGAAGAAAGGAUGAAAAGAAGUUCAAAGAACAUCCAGAUGAAUAUCAAUGGGUUGACAUUGAAGAUGACGAAUUACCAGAAGUUGAAAGAAUUCACAUGCCAUUAGAAACAGCUAUUAAAUAUAGAACGGGUAAUAUCAAUGUUUAUAUCGAAGGAGGCAAAUUCAGCAAACCAGAUUUUUUUGUUCAUACUCUAUUUGAUGAUCAUGCUUACCCAUCAUCUGUUACAGCUAGAACUGAAGGUAGGAAAUUGGAUGUUAAAUCUAAAAGUGAAGCAUUUAUUAGAGAUUUACCAAACUCCAAGCUCAUUUUUAGACUUGCUAAAAAAUUCGAAGUCGAUAAGGAAAAGGAUAUUGUUCAUGAAAAGACUUUCGAUACCCUUGAAAUAUUAAAGAGAUCGUAUGACAACCCAAUUGACUUGAAAAUUAACGAAAAGAAUACUAUUAGGGUGCAGUUAGAAUAUAUUCCAUCAGCCGUGAAGUUAGCACCAUUUGAUACGAUCUUAGAUGUUGGUAAGUUUAAGUUGGAUAUUUUGAGUGCCGAAGGCUUAAAAUCAGUUGAUUCUAAUGGUAAGUCAGAUCCAUUCCUUAGUGUUAAGCUUGAUGGUGUUGAGAUUUAUAAGACUGAUAAGAAGAGAAAGACAUUAGAUCCUGUUUGGAACGAGUCGGUUGACAUCCCAUUAAUGUCAAGAUCUAGACAAAUAGUGUUAUUGGAAGUUUAUGACUGGGAUUUAACACAUAAGCCUGAUUUAUUAGGUAGAAUCAACUUAGACAUGUCUACUAUAGAACCAUUGAGAUCUACACAAUUUACUGUCAACUUUGAUACUCAAGGAAUUUUAAACUUGAGAGGAACAUUCAGACCAGAAUAUCUCAGACCAACACUCGAUUCAGAAAGUGGAUUGCCACUUGAUUUAAGUUCCGUUGCUAACGUACCGUUAAAAGCCGUUGGUGGUGGUGUUGGCUUGGCUGCGGAUGGUGUCGGCAUGGCAGCUAACGGUGUUGGUGGAGUUGGUAAGGGUCUCGGUAAGGGCGUAGGUAAGGGUGGAUCCUUUAUCAAGGGAUUCGGUAGACUGAAGAAGAAGCAAUCAAUGGAUGAAGAAGGUGGCGCACAAGCUAACAACGAAUUCGAUGAAACUGCAUCUCAUAUGAGUGGAAGAACAGGACAAACCGGCGUAACUGGUAGAAGUGGAGCAGGCCAAAGUCAAUUGCAAAAGAGGGAAGAAGGCGCCGAUCAUGAAGGAGAAGAAGGCGAGGGGCGCGAAGAAGGAGAAGGCGAAGAAGAAGAAGAAGAAGAAGAAGAAGAAGAAGAAGAAGAAGGAGCAGCACGCCCAGGAGAGACCGGCGAUCCCAAGAAAGAUGAAAAGGCCGACAAAAUGGCAGAAAACAUUAAGGUGGACAAGCCAGCUGGCGAAGUCCAUGCAGCUCCUAACAUCCAUGCCGACCUACUCCCACCAUUACAGAAACCUAACUUUGGUUUUGUAACAGGAUUAAACAAUGACUCGGAUACAAGCAGUGUUGUCACCAGUAUGAAUGCUCCCGACACCUUACCUGGCAGAAUUGCCAUUGUAAGUGCGCACGGCUUCUCGAGUCCUGUUCUCGAGGUGAAGACUAUCUUGAAGACCGCUACCAAGGACAGAACCUUAUUCAGAACCCGUGGUGCUAAGUUGCACGAAGACGGAUACAGAUGGAACGAAUCAAUUCCUUUCAGAUCGGCAUCGUCCAAUGAGUUGAUUUUCCUCGUGAGGGAAUCACACAAAUUCGGAAAGAAGGUUGAAUUGGCUCUGGCAAGACUUCCAUUGGUAGAAGCAUUGAACAAGACCGAGGAUUUCACUUUCCAAACUGGCCAGGGUACCUUGGUUGUCAACGUCACCUAUCUUGACACUGGUAUUUAG